AUGUCAUUUAGGGACGCCCUCAAGAGCUAUAUCUUAACACCAGAGGAACAUUCAGAAGAUGUCAUUUUUCAUGAUUCGCAAGUUGUCAUAAUCAAAGACCGAUUUCCAAAGAGCAAGCGUCAUCUCUUGGUACUGCCAAGAGAUCUUAAAUUUACAAAGACAAAGCCGUGGGCGCUGAGCGUCGAAGAAAGAGAGAAUCUACAGCAGUAUAUUGACUUGGCGUUAGACCAUAUCUUCCAAUCGUUUACUAAAGAGCAUAAAUGGAGACCGACGAAAUCGAUGCCAUUUGAAACAGAAGCUCAAUAUCAAAAUCGACAAUUCUUCGUCAGUAAAUUCACUCAGGUUGGUGUACAUUGUGUCCCAUCGCUAAAUAAUUUACACAUCCACGUCAUGACUCAGGACUUUCAUUCUGACAGACUCAAGAACAAAAAACAUUUCAAUUCUUUCACAACGGAGUUUUUUGUAAAAUGGGAGGAAUUGCCUUUGGUUAGUGUCGAUACUAAACAUAUGGAGAACAAUGUAAUAAAGAAAAGCGACCUUGUUUGCCCUUAUUGCAGCGAAAACUUUAAAAAUCGAUUCUCGCAACUUAAACUACAUUUGGACCACGAAUUUAGGGAAAGAUUUAAUUAA